AUGCUUCUGAAACGUUCAAAACCCAUCGCCACACUCAUCCAUAGAAAGAUGAACAUGGAUUUGUUGCGUUCACGUGUGAAUGAUUAUAUAAAAGAAGUGCAAGAAACGGCGGUUUUUAAGAGCCCAGCUAUCGUUUCGCCUGAGAAUGCCGGCAAGUUUAGAGCUUCUUCCAUUAUCGGGGUAUUCUUCUUUUCACUUUUUUCUGGUGCUUUGGUUGCAAAAUCGUGCGCAUGGUUUCUUGAUCAUCACUCUUUAUAUGUGUAUGUAGAAGAUGAUGACGACUGA